AUGUCGGGCGGCAGCGGGGCGGCGGGAGCGGACACGGUGCCCGACUACGAGGUGGCGGAGCUGUACACGCGCGUGUUCCGCGUGGGCGCUCUGGGCCGCUGCUGGCGGCAGCAUCUGGGCCCGCCCGACCUCUCGCUGGCGGCGGAGGCGGGGGCGGAGCUGGAGCUGGCGGCGGCGGAGCUGGGCUGCGCGGCGGAGACGGCGGCCGAGCUGCGGGCUGUGUGCAGUGUUGAUAUGUUGAUGCCUUCUGAUGAAGAAAAGGACCCGGAAGUGAUUCCUGACAAUAGCAGUCUACUAACUCUUCGAAUUAGAAAGAAGGCACUAGAGAGGCGAGAAGAAACCAUAAUUGUGGAUCGGGCUUGCAGACAAGAAACACUUGCUUAUGAGAUGGAGUCUCAUGCAAUUGGAAAGAGACCAGACAAUCCAGAAGAUCUAGUUGAGGAGGGGGAACUGCUUUUGACUCUGAAUAUCUUCUAUCCUGUCAUAUUUCAGAAGCAUAAAGAUCACAAGCCAUAUCAGACAGUCCUUGUACUGGGCAGUCAGAAGCUCACCGAGCUGAGAGACUCUGUUUCCUGUGUCAGUGACCUCCAAAUAGGUGGUGAGUUCAGCAAUCAGCCAGAUCAAGCACCAGAGCACAUCAGCAAGGAUCUCUACAAAUCUGCCUUCUUUUAUUUUGAAGGUGUCUUUUAUAAUGAUAAAAGAUACCCUGAGUGCAGAGAUCUGAGCAGAACAGUUAUUGAGUGGUCAGAAUCUCAUGACAGAGGCUAUGGAAAUCUUCAGUCUGCUAAGAUGGAAGACUACACAUUUAAUGAUUUAUCCUUCAGAAUUGGCUUUCCGUAUCUUUUCUGCCACCAAGGGAACUGUGAGCACAUCAUCAUCAUCACAGAUAUAAGGCUUAUUCAUCAUGAUGACUGCCUGGACAGGAACCUCUAUCCCUUGCUAAUCAAGAAACACUGGUUAUGUACCAGAAAAUGUUUUGUGUGCAAAAUGUAUACAGCCAGGUGGGUAACCAACAAAGACAGUCUGGCACCAGAGGAUCCUUGUUUCUUCUGUGAUGUUUGUUUUCGAAUGCUUCAUUAUGAUGCAGAAGGCAAUAAACUGGGGGAGUUUCUUGCAUACCCUUAUGUUGAUCCUGGGAUUUUCAACUAGAACUGACAUCAGCCAGAAUGAGUUCAGUGAGAUGCAUCGAUGAAUCUGUUGUGGUGGCUGUUAAAGCCGCUGAACAGCUUGAGUGUUUUGACUUCUGGCUUUUCAGUUAGGCUUUUAUGCCUUUCCUCUGAGGUGGAAGGACACCCUUGCACUUGAAGUCUUUUUGGUGUGCUUUUCUGACCAAUAAAUAAAAGCAUGAUUGUAAAAGAUGUUAAAGAUACAUGGAAAAAAUGUGCUCAGAUAUGCACUUUAUUAAUAAAGUACAUUUUUUUAAUAUUC